AAGUGUAAUUUGCCUGCGGAAUGUGGCGCUUGUCGUCUUCUCUACGAGAGCGUCUUCUUGAGUCUUGAAUUACAGAAGAUGCCGCAGACUAAUUCCUGUUCAACAAGCCGUGGUACGGUGGUAACAUGAGUCUGGAGAGAUGAAAUAACGGCAUUAUUAAGCAGGUAGAGGUGAUGUGUUGUGUAUCCUGAAAUCCACUCUCGAAAGACAAAAUGAAGCGGAGGCUCCUUCGUGGUUUCUUGUCAGAGAUCUCCGUCCGCUUGGCGCUCUUUGUGGUUUUCCUAGUGACGGAGCAGCUUCCCCCUUUCUAUCGUGAGAUCCAGCCAGAGGAGAUGUGGUUGUAUAAAUUUCACCCGGCGGCGCAGGAUCACGUCCCCACAUCACUCAUGUUUAGCAUCGCUGUCUUUACGCCGCUGAUUGUCAUCCUGUUUUUUACCUUCAUGACAAAGUCAGAGCGAGGAGACGCAAAAAAAGCAUUACUAGGUGUGAGUUUGACUCUGGUGCUCAACGGCGUCUUCACUAAUGUCAUCAAACUGGCUGUUGGCAGGCCCAGGCCGGACUUCUUCUACCGCUGUUUCCCGGACGGGCAGAUGAACCUGGAGCUGCGCUGCACGGGCAACCCAGACGUGGUAAUGGAGGGCAGAAAGAGCUUUCCCAGUGGCCACUCAUCAUUUGCUUUUGCCGGGCUGGGCUUUACUGCCUUCUUCAUUGCCGGAAAGCUGCGAUGCUUCAACACAGCAGGCCAAGGCAGAGCGUGGAGGCUCUGCGCGUUCCUCACCCCUUUAAUUGUCGCGCUGACGAUCGCUCUCUCCAGAACCUGCGACUACAAACACCACUGGCAAGACGUGUUGGUGGGCUCUCUGCUGGGCCUGUCAUUCGCCUGGCUGUGCUACAGACAGCACUACCCUGCACUUCACGAACCAGACUGCCACCGACCCCUGAGUCACAGAGAGGGUAUCCCUGCUGCACAGGAACGCAAGCUGGCCAACUCUAACUACAUCCUGCCCCUGUGAACAACAAACUGCAUCCUUUUUACUGGGGGCUGGGUAUCAUUUGAACCAUCAUGGAUGAAUGAAAUGUAAAGGGUGGUACAUGGGUUAUUUUCUUCACUAAAUGGACACACGGAGUAGGACACUUGGUUAAACAACCACGGUAACCACCCCACAGAGAGCCAACUAUCUCUGUUGGUGAUCACAAACGACACAUUUUUUUCCAUAUCAGUAAUUAUAUGAUAAAGAUGGAGUGUAACACUUUUAGCUCAACGUUUAAUCUUGAAUCAUGAUGUCAAUAUAUUUGUGUAAUUAUGAAAUGGUCAGUAGAAAAAUUAACAUUAACGUCAUAGAUUUCUGGUGGCCAAUUUAACUAACUACUGUGUUUUGCUUAGGACCUUGGACAAUUAAGGACAUGUUAGUGCCAACAGAAACUGGUUUGGAAAAAAAACUAUAGAAGUAUGGUGUCAGGGAAAAACAGCUCUCCCUUUUUAGAAUUUGGCUGCUUUCACUUAUUAUUUGCCAGAGACUCACAAGUCAUUGUUACUUUUGUGUAACUUGUGUUUUCUUAGGACUGCAGGCGUUAUCAACUGAUGUAUCUCAUAAAAAUAGCACUAACACCUCUUCGCAAAUAGGGAAAUCACAAUCACAUUCCUGCCUCAAUAUCAUGACCUUCCUGUUGUUUAUUUCCAAUAGAACCCUCACUUGAUUGGACUUUUACUGAAAUAUUUCCCAACUGAAAUAACCUCAACUGUAUGUUUUUGCCAGUGUUUUGUUUGCAUAUUUGCGUCAGUCUGUUAGCAGUGUAACUGAUUUCAGCAGGAAAAAAACAAGACAACAGUCCAGCUGGGACUAUUGUCACAAUGUUAACACAAAGAAAUUAGAUUUCUGUGACACAUACGUACUUUAUUUGGAGUUACUUAUUUUCCAUGGUGCUAGCAUCCCAGUGCUCCUGCUGGUCAGGGUUCAUAUUCUGUGCAUAUUUGUCAGCAAUUAGAUUUUCUCCAAUUUCAUGUAAGAGAAGGAGCAUACAUAGGGACGGCGUGGCGCAGUGGGAUAGUGGCCGUGCGCAACCCGAGGGUCCCUGGUUCAAUCCCCACCUAGUAUCAACCUUGUCACGUCCGUUGUGUCCUCAGCAAGACACUUCACCCUUGCUCCUGAUGGGUGCUGGUUAGCACCUUGUUUGGCAGCUCCCUCCAUCAGUGUGUGAAUGGGUAAAUGUGGAAGUAGUGUCAAAGCGCUUUGAGUACCUUGAAGGUAGAAAAGCGCUAUACAAGUACAACCCAUUUAUUUAUCAUUUAUGUUGUAGUUUAUUUUUAAUUUUUUAUUAUCUCUUUUUUAUUUUAUUAGAACAUUGAGAAGAAAAUAACCAAACUGUUUUUGUGUGAAACCCGGCAAAGUUUGCAGGGUAAAAGCAUUUUGCUAGUCACUGUGAACCCAACUUUAGUCAGCUGGUUCACAGCGGCUUUCAUGACAAAACUUGGUCGGAAUUUAGUGCCUUUUUUAAACAUUUGUCUUCAGGUUUUCUUCUGCAACUUCACUUAUGUUUUGUCAAUGUGAAUGAUAAAAAUGAAUAUUUCCUUAAUGUGGCAUGCAUACAGUACAUACUUUUUUUCUUGGUAAAUGCAAAUAUUUUUUGGGUAAUAAAUUAGAUGACCGUUUUUUCACCGUAAUGAUGAUUUUUCACAUUAGACCUAGCGUUGCAGUUUUUUUUAAUGAGAUGAUAGUGUUGUAUGUAAUUUAUAGCUUGCAUGAGUUUUACUUGAAUUUUCAGUGUUUGCUCAAAAUGUGAUCACGUUAGGCACACAGGUUUCUGGGCUAGAUUGUUAGAAAAUACAAUGGUUGCUUGUUCCGUAAUGUAACAUUUAUUUUCUCGUUGAUCAGAGGUUAUACAAAUGAAAACAUUCCUGUUAUUUUUCAGAAAGGUUUCAUGGGGUGUUGAUUCUGUCCGUCCUGAUACUGUUUUGUCAAGUACAAUUUUGCUUUUUUAGUCAGGCACAUCUUUUUUUGUUUGGGUUGUAUGACCAUGUAGCAUUUAAUGCACAUUUGCCUGAUUGAAAUAUGGUGUGAUGUAUUUUGGUCAAACUAAAUACUGUUUCUAGGGGUA